AUGUCUGAUUUGGAUGGCGCAUACGGCCAGAGCCCGCUGGCGACGCUGAAUCCUGCAUACAGCCAGCCCAGAAUGCAGUCUAUGAACCAGAUUACGGGCACAAGACGGCCCAGCAGAGCGUCGUACAAGCCCGCUAACCCGCCCCCGAACAUUGCCCUCCCAGCGACGCCUUCAUUCUCGACAAACCAGUCGAGCAGUCUGCAGCAUCCACCACAAUCACUUAAACCGCUCCACCACGCUUCGACGGCUGCCCAGAGGCCCAAUGCCCAAUCUCUAGCUUCGACGCCUGACCUAGAACACGACAUUUCCGACGACUACUAUCAUCCUACAGACUUGGCUCAUCAUGCGCAUUAUCGCUCCUAUGCGAACAAUGACAGCGUAGACAUGGCUAUCCCUUCCCAGCCCGCGGCGUUUGCUGCAGACAGCCGACAGAGCUCGUCUAGUGCCCUGAAUGCACCCUCAUAUCCAGGUGGUCCACCCAGUCCUGCUCUCCCUCGAGAUCGCUCACCAGCAGUCUCGCCCGGAAGUUAUUUUGCCGCUUAUCCUCCUGCAUCCGGUGUAUCGUUCCGGGAACGCUCAGGCAGUGCAAACUCUACAUCUUCGGUCGAAAUACUUGCCCAGGCGGCCCCACUGCUCCCGCACCAGGCUCAAUCGUCGAACCAAACUUCUCACAGAACCAGUCCCUCGAUGGCAAGCUCUGUGCCAGCUAGCGAAUCCUCACAGCGCGGUAAACGCGCGUCUUCGUCUCGUUCUCACCCUCACAAGAGCCGACCGUCGACGCGCAAGGCGCUGACAGCCGCGCUAGAACUGGCAAAGGUCGCUGUCCAACUCGAUGGAACGAGCGACGAUCCCCAUGGUGCUGUCAAGGCAUACGCAAAAAGCGUACGCCUUCUCCGGGAGGUCAUGGAACGGGUGAUGCGCGGAGAGGACUCGCCAUCGACUUCUUCCUCGACACGAGCCGGUGAAGCAGACGAUCAACGACCAAUAGGCAGACGACGAAGCGUCGUGGCAAAGGAAGAAGAAGUUCGGAGACUCAAGGCAAUUGCUAAGCAUGCCCCCGCGUAUCCGCAUCAAUCCCCGAGAUUGUGCUACCCAUAUCACGACACCUACGCGGACCGCAUGAAGAUUCUUUGUCUGAUUUAUUCCAUCUCGGAUCCGUUAUCAACUCCUACAGAGGACCACUUGUCCAAGACGCCCGAAGCCGAGGAACCAGUAUCUGGCCCAAGUAGCUCCGUCCCGCAACCCGCGUUGCCGCCACAGUCGGAACAGGUGGACGCCACUGCAACGCUCCCCGCUUCGGUGCAUCCGGUUUCCAAUGGUCCGUACGACGUUGAGACGGAUGAGGGCUCAGAGGUUGACUUGGAUGCUGUAACCAUCCGUCGACAUCAAGAACAAGCAACUCCUACACCCGAAUCGGAGUGGGAGGGGGACUCAGAAGUCGAGCGAAGAGGGUUGUCGCAAGACAGGCUACACGCAGAUGAUCGAGAGCCAGAGGGCACGCUACUCGCCUAUAAUUUACCAUCUCCACAAGAGGAUAUUAGACACGAGGACACUGGGACACUCUCGGGUAACGAUACAUCUCUUAUACCACCUGCUGGCACGGCGGCGAAAGUGGCAGUAGGGGACGCCCCACUGCCCUCCUCCGGUCCACCCGUGGUUCAUGUCACUGUGGGAGGUCGCACGUCUAUUCUUCCACCCCCACGACCGCCGCCUACUGGCCCUCUGCCCACUAGGCCACGUCUACCCAGCGGUACGGUCGUUCCUGCUCAACUCCUUAAUCAACCAUUACCUCCUCUCCCUCCUCAGCAACCGUCCGAGCCAGCCUCUCACCCAAUUCACCCCCAACAUCAACCUACCCUAACACGGCAAAGUUCCGCAUCCUCGGUAUCCGCAGUAUCCGGUGUCUCGAGCGUCGCAUCUGGAUCUAGUGCUGCUUCCAAUGCACACCAAACCACCCCUGCAGCACAGGUUGGCCCAGCGGCUUCCUUGGCUGCUCCAAACGCGUUUGGGGGUCGGCCACGAGGAAACUCGAAUGCACAUGGAAGGACACAGAGCAACGCCGACCGCCUAGUUGUAGUCAAUGAGGAGCGGGAGGAAGAGGAGACUGGACCCACGAUACCUGCAAAGGACGCGCAACCGGCGUCACCGCCCCAAGAGUAUCGCUACCGGAGUCGGAGUAGCAGCAUGGUCAGCCUCAAGGAUAGGGAUAGGGCGAAAGCGCAAGUACUCGGUGCCAACGGACUUGUGCCACCAGUCCCGACUCUAUCCGCCUCUUCGUCGCCUUCGGCAACACCUACCGUUCCAGCGAAUCACGUUGCAUCCAAACCCUCAACUGUGGAUCAAUUUACUGUAUCCAAUCCGUCGGCGUCUUCACCAGAUCUGACAUCCUUUGGGCCGCGCGUUACGCCGCGCGCUCGUGGCAGCUCGAUAGGAAGUGCCGUCACGCAUUCUUCUGAGGAUAUCGCUACGAACACUGUACCCGUCCCUGCGAUUCCGUACACUGCGGGCGCACCUCCUCCUUUGUCCGGGCCAAUUGUUAUUCCCGGCGCAAUGGGCUCUGGUGCGGAAGGGCCUGUCAAGAUUAGUCCUACUCCAACCAGUGGGACAAUUUCGCAACGAAGAAUCAAGAAUGCGACAACGGGCUCAACCCCACCUCCAGCUCCAAGCUCUGGCACUUCUAGCGCUCUCGGUAAACUCACAAGCGCGAUCCUACCCGCAGCUACGGCAACCUCGUUGGGCUUGACAGGGAGAAAUAGGGCGGCAUCUAAUCCUGGGAAGUGGACACCUGGUUUGUUCAAUGUUGCUGUUGGUGAGGCGGCUGCACGUGCUCCUGGCCCUGCGCCGCCAAUGUCCGCAGGAGGAAGGCGACAAUUUCCUGGCAACGGGAAAUAUCAGUCGUUUGGGGUACCAAGUGCAAACGCCAGCACAGCUUCGCUAGUCGCUGGAGGCUCUGGAACCGGGACACCGACCCCUUCCGUUGCUGUGGCUGGUCUUCCAGCUUCCUCGCUUCCCCCAUCGCCACCAAGUCUAUCGGUAUUGCGACCAUACUUCUUGAUGGCCCUCUUACGGCGGUCCAUGGUCGAUCGUAGCGGUGGAUACGUAACUCCGAGAUUACACAUUCCUCAUGAAGUCUGGACCCAGGGCAGUGCCAAGCUAACUAACAUGCCCGAAAAGAUCAAGGUCAUCGACGUCUUGGCGAGCGCUCUCGAGGACCUUACGAGCGCCAGCCUCGAUUUCUGCGGAGCGUCCAGUGCGAUUGCCGCGUCCACUGGUGGCGCCGAUGGGAAUCGGAAACAGGCCGAACGCUGGGCUUCAAAGCUAGAGGAAUUUGACCGUACAUUUAGCCAACUGGCCGAAACGUUUGGAAAAAAGCUCGGGGUUGGAACCGGGUUUGUUGUCAAGAAGAGUGUCGGGAUGGCGGCAUGGGGAAACAAAUUCCUCGACAGGAUAUCUACUGCAGGAAAGCAAUAUGACUCACCAAUUGCACACGCAAAUCUUUUGACACGAUUCUUAACCCAAGUCCAGCUGCUAGACGAGCAUACUCGUGCUCUGCAUACUUCGCCUCAGCCUCCCUGUUACAAUUCACUCCCCCAGGACGUUCGCUCGAGGAUCGAGGUCGCUUUGAGUGACAUUUCGGAACUCUUUGCAAAAGUCGUACUUACUUUUGUCUUUCGUGACCUCAGCGUCAUGCUCGACAAGUAUCAUAAAACAUGCGAUCGAUGGAUACAAUCCAACCCGGGCAACCCCCCAUAA